GUCUCAGCCCGCGGUCGGUCUAGCACAGAAGAAAAUAAGAACAAGAUAGUGUCUCGUGGAACUGCAUACGAUGUCGAACGACCGUUAUUCAUAAAUUAUUUUUUCCACAGUUUAUACACAUUUUAAUUUGCAACUCAACAACUAUACUCAAUGCGUAUACACUACUGUGUUUUUGGAUUUUACUUUGAGAAUUAUUGUAAUUUUUCGUUUUUUCAUUCAUAAUAAGUAUAACAGAUCUUCUGCACGCGGAACAAACACCGCACAGUCAUCUACACGAUCCAACUCGUCCUGCUGUUCGAAUCAUCAUGUCACCUGCAGACAGGUCGCUUACGGCGUUCCGCUUAGCUUUGGCCACGUUAUUACUCGCCAACGUCGCAAACACGUCAAAAAAACAAAAGCGUCAGCUAUUCCAUGAAAACUUAUUGCCAUACUUUGGUGGUAAAAUACCCGAGUCUGCGUUUCAAGCAGACCGCUUGGCACUCAAUAUGCUGAACAAAGAAGGAAUAUCCGUGCCCGAUGGUAUUCUGUUUGAAGCCCGACCAAAAGAAUCGUUUCACCAAAGUCCACGGAACGAUCCAGAACUAUCCAACUCAAUACUCAAAAUGAUCCACACGCCAGACAGCAGGUAUAUUCCUUCGGAAGGAAAGUACGAUGGUAAUAACGAAGUGGAGACAACGUACAAAAUCCCAAUACCCUCAUAUAUGCAAAAUUACCAGCUACCGAAGUUUAGGCCAGUAUCAGAAACGUUUCAACUACCAGUCCGGCAGGUAUUCGAAAGCGGUUUGUCAAUCAAUAACUUGAGGGGACAACUAGGAUUUCCUUUCAACACUAUGCCAAAGAGUUUGAGUUCAUUAGAUGGCCACGUGCCAAUCACCGAUACGUUCAAUAACGUCAAUAAAAUCACAAAUUUAAAACAAAAUUACAAUACCAUACAACUGAUGAGUUUUGGGUGUGGUAAACCUGGGAGAAUAUAUGCAGAUCCAGAAACUCAUUGUCAGGCAUUUCACUUAUGUCAUUACAAUGGAUUCAAAGAAACAUUUGUUUGUCCACAAGGAACCAGAUAUGAUCCAUCGGUACAGGAAUGUCGAUUUUGGUACACGACGCACUGUUUAAACGCACAAAGACUAUUUAAUUAGGUCGAUGAUAUGUUAA